GAAACAAUCCGCUCGCAUCAGUCAUGCAAAACGGAGAACCGCAGUUACAAUGCUAUUAUGAGCCGAGUGCGGCUGCAAAGCUGUCGCGUUUAUGGCCGUACGUUUCACUCUCAAGUAUCCAAUGUGUAUCGAAGUAUAAGUAUUCAGCGAGUCGUCGUUGAAAACGAUCAUUCUGGAAAUGCAAAAUAAUACUCGGUAACGACUCUGAUUUAAUACCAUAGCAAAAGUCUGCGUAUCUUGAAGUCUCGGGUAGCCAAUACAGGAUUUUGCCUUGUAAUCGUACCGCAAACGUAAACAAGUUCCCCCUUCUUAGGAGUGGGAACGGAAGAGUCGCCUAUAAUAUUCUUGUUAUUCAUUUAUUUCGCUAUUUGCAAUUCACUUCGCCUGCAGACGGAAGUUUCCUUCUGCUUUAUCUUAAUUGUUCUUUCAGCUGCACCUUAUUCAGCUGCGCCCAAUAAAAACGGAUGCACAACAAGCGGAAACGUACGCUAUAUGUAUUUCAACAAAAUUCACACAAUCGGCCAUGAUCCUCUUCGUAUCGUUUCCUUAGAAUACCUACGUAAAUUGAUUACUUAGCAAGUCGAAAACAGCAGCAUACGUCACGUUCGUGUGUGACGCAGGGAUCAGCUGAUCGCUAUGUCACGUGGAAAUUAUGAUGAAAGUGCAAGCUGCAUCCUUGAUGGUGCAGCGUCAAUCAGUACGACCGGUUCUGUGACCGUUGCGGCUUCGAAUUCCGUAUAUGGUAUCAUAUUAUGUAGUUUUCACUUCGUACAUUUCAAUGGCAGUACAUUUCCAACAGCUUUUUUCCAACGUGCUAUCCAUUUCUCUUGAUCAUUCCCGUGAUAAUUAAGAGCACCUUCAAUGUGCACGAUGCUGAAGUUUCAAAUUUGUGAAAAUAUAUUCGAAACAUAUCUCUUUUAAUAUUUAUGUAAAUUAAAAAUUCUUAACUUUCCAGGAAUCGUACACGCGACGUAAACAUGUUUUUCGAGUCCGAAGCGAACAUCGCGUGCGAUAUCCGAUAAUUCGAAACCGUUAGAUUGUCUCUGUAAACCUCUCAAGUGUCGCUGUUGGCGAGACAUCGUUUCGACAACGAUCAGUUUCGCUCGUGUUCGCGGAAACUUUUUUUCGGAUUACUGCGGAUUACGGACGGCUGCGCGUUGCGUUGGCCUCGACGUCGUUGGCACACGCAUAGUGCGCUAUCAUAACGGCUGCCAAGCACAAUAUCUCUACGCACUCGGUAGCGCAUCGUAUAUCCGAUAGACUGCCUUCUGUUCAAAGUAAUAGAUUUUGCACUGUUCGCUUACACCGAGUUUACUUGUGACAAUUGUGAAAUUCAAGUUGGCCGAUGCGCGACAUUAGAGAUUCAUGCCGUCGAGAAUAUCUAAGGACGCAUUUCUUAAUCUGCAUGCUUGGUUGGUUUGCAUAGGAUCACGUGUGUAAUUGGCUGCAGAAUUGGUUUCUGCGAAAUAUGUUCAUAAAUAAGACAUUUGCUUAAUCUUGUAGAAUUUAGUGUCUUCUGCAAAUGCGAUACGUACCGAAUCAUUCCAGUUUUCCUUCCAGAAGUACAAACAGAAAUGCGUUUUAUACUGCGUGAUUCAAGAAUCAAGAACACACAGCGCAGCGAUUUAUUUGUAUACAUCACUCUAUUUAUGAUUCUUUACGACUCUAUCUACGAUAUUGUACACUGACCAGGGUUAAUCGUCGAUUUUUUCAAGUUCGCGACUAAUUGCAGUAUAAGUUUAAUUUACUCCUUAUCUUUUCUCUCUAAUUUUAGUUCUGGGAGAGGAGAAUUAGAUAAAUUAAGAUUAGAUAUAUCCUUCUCUUUACUACGUAAAGAUAAGAUUGAAGCUCUUUUCUCGACCAGCAGGUGCAUCCGAGCACAAUAUAUUUCUCGUAAUCGCAAACUUUUUCCGAGAACCGUAAACUUCAAUUCACUAUGUGAUGUACGUUUCGGCACGGGCUGGUUUACCCGGAUUUACCUCUCAAAGAAAGCCGACAGUGCAAGUCUGUUUGUUUGUAACCGCAUUCCCGCGUGAGUACGGUCUCGUCGUGAAAGCACUGAAACGACACCGAAGAAACCGCAGCCCCAAGUCGCGAUCCCUCGCGUUCCGGGUGAGCUACCCGCAUGCCACAUCGAUGAGUGGCUGUGCAACGUUCCACGGGCGGACGCUUACUUGCACGCGCGGAUAAGUAUGCAAGUAAGCAGGUCGAUGCACUCCACCCACACCUGGCCCGCGCGAAAUAGUUGGCCUGUCCUUGACACGACGUGAACCGGCGGUUUCUAUACCGCGUCGGGAUCCGCCCAAUUCGCUCUCGGCAAAUGAGGAUCGUACUCAUUCCGCCAUGGUUCGUUUAUCCACUUAUGGGAAAUUUCGCCAGCGCACGGUAAUUGGUCGGAAUUAGCCGCGCGAUAAAAUCGCGGGGUUAAAUUAGCCGCGUUGCGGAAUUGCCCGACUCAUCCUUUCCUUACUUUUGCUGCCGGCCAUUUGUCACGGCCGGCGUUUCCAUUCGCCGACAGUACCGUCACUUUUUGUAUCUAUUCCGAACGUUUGGCAGUUCGCUUGACCUGCCGCACUAUGGACGUGCCAAGUCGCGAACCGAUAUGCACAUCGGUCGACGCUUUCUUAAGUACGCGGUGCACCCAGGUCCGACUUAAGGCUAUCGCCGUUUCUAUUGUUGAAAGACCCAGACAGAGAUAGGUUGCCGCAUUUAAUUCUGGCAGAGACAGCGUUGUUUGGUCGAGACUUGAAACAUCCGGCAGAAUGAGAAUCUUUAUCCUUACCAUUAAUAUAAACAUUAUAUUUCAGCAACACAAAUAAAAAAUAAACGGUGCAGCACAUCUAUCGAUUAUCUUUAAUUUUUUAUAUAUUUUGCAAUAUAUUUUGCAGAGUUGUAAAUUGAGCGUGGUAAACUGAGUGUGCGUGAGCGCGAAAAAACAAAAGAGAGAAAUGGAAAUGUAUAUCUUUCUCUCUCGCAGAAUUUUGCGAUCGCUUUAUGUCAAGACUCCUAUUAUAAGGUCUCUAACGGGAGACAUGUUGCGACGCGUUCGAAAAUGUUCAUCGAAUUUAGCAGGAGACAGUGCUGCAAGUUGGAACAGUCAAAUAUUGUAAACGGUUUCCAUAUAAAGUACAUACAAAGGGCACCGAGACGCGUUGGGCCAGUGCUGGAUGCACACUAUAGACAUCGUCCGGCUCCUCUACAGCUGCAUCCCCGUCCUCUGGCAUCCGCGUCGCAUCGAACCGCGCACGUGCCCUCACGCGCGGCCCACGCGCGUGAGGCCGAUGAGGGAUCGCCAUGCAACGCGGGAAUGAGCGCGAAACUUGUUUACGCGACGGAGCACCAUUGCGCAUUCCGCAGCGUAAGUCGCGGUUAUUCAGGGAGCCUUGACUCGUAGCCGGCGCGCGUAGGUGCAUCUCCUCGCAUCUACGAUUGUCCGACCAGACGGAGGGAGAUCUCGCGGAUCGCGGACCGCGCUUGCUCGGCUCGGAAUUAAUUGUGGACCAUGAGCGCGCAUGAGCGUACAUACGAGAGGCCACUCUUCGUUCUCUUGAUCUUUGUUGAUCAGGUCGGUCCAUAGUUACACGAGCAUCCAAGUGUUAUCACAGUCGUUGCGAUGCAGCAUGAAGUCAUUUGGCAAAAAAUUGCCGGUAAGAAAUGGUCAAUAACUCAGGUACGAGUAUUGCUGAUUUAACGACCAAAGCGAAGAAUCUUUAAACGAAUCGCGAACGUUUGGAAUUUCUAGCGAUGACAAGAUUUCUACUGUUGCUGUCCUCUUUCACGACCGAUUCCUUCCACGUUUAAGGAAUCUUUUAUUACAGUGCCGAGGUGUGUUAGUCAAUCGAAAAUACUGAUACGGCAUUCGGCGUUUCUUUUUCGCGCACCGCGAACACUAUAGGCCAUUGUACGAAGUACGUGGAGAUCUUGCACUCGAAGGUCGGCGAAGAAUCGCCACGGCCGAGGCUGAUCACUCGCUGGAAUUUGUUCGAAAGCAGCGCGGGAGCGCGAUACAGUCGCGGCCGCUACUUCGUCGUGUUUCAUCUGCCGCGUGGGAGGUCUGGGAUCAGUGUAGUUCGCAUUGGAACGCGAAAAAUGACGCAGUGGUAAUCGCAGUCGGUGAUUUAGAGGCCGCACUAUCUGCUAGGAAUAAUGUGCGUGCGCGUCGGUCGGGGAGAAUACACGAGGUCAAGCGCGAUGGUAGCCUUUUGUUCAUCCGGAGUACCGCCUGGACAAAGGAACUGCGCGUAAAAUAUGCACCCUCAAAGGAAAAGAGGCAAUGCGCUAGACAUUAGUAUUUCCCACAGGUGCCCACAGGUUCCACAAACUCGAUUAGUGUACAAUCCAAUUUUCAAACUCAAUUUCCUCUCGUUGCGGUAAUUGCACCGUUGGAUAAACGUAGAAAGUGAAUCUCUCAGGUUCUUGCCUUUGAUCGCUGCAGCAAAUAAAGUUUCCGUGUCUCGAGUACGCAGAUUAAUCUCCUCGAUUUUGCGAUUGAGUUAAGCUCGCACGAUGAAAUAUUUUACUAAAAUAUUAUACUGAAAAGACAUUUUUAUUGAUAUUUAUUACAUAUUGAAACUUGUUAUAUGCAUAUAUUACAGUCAGACAUAUUACAUUAAAUUGAAAAAAAGGAAUUAUACAGAGUAUGCUUAAAUCACACGUGACCACAUGAUAUAUAUUGUAAAAUUUCACGCGUGGCUAGAACACGCAUAUUUCGGUCAGCCGGUAAGUCUCAUGGACAAUCUUGGGGAUAGAAGACCGGUGAUUUCUACAGCGUUCACAUACGGACAAGGUUAACCGGUCGAUGAGCUCAAGAGUCAAGCUGGAAACGAUCCACGUAGCGAUUUGUCGUCACGCACGAGGGCUUUCUAUUCCUCCGUGGCAAUGAAAUCGCCACGUGUGAAAAUCCGGUUUUCAUUCUUCCAACAGUUCCGAAAUAUCUUCUGUUUCUGCUUACUCGAAUCUAUUUAGAGAAGUUGAACACGUUUGCACAUCACACGUUAUCUAUAUAUCUAUACAACUAUAUUUAGAAGAAAGAAUACUUAACUUGAGAUAUGGAAAAGCUAGUUUUUGUUGAAAGAAUAAACACAUGUUAUGUUCGAUCCUGGAUUGCCAGGGCGGUAUGUGCGCAAUGCAAGGAUACAAAUCAGCGGUUUUGCGUAGAAAUUCCAUGCCAAUCAUAUUCAAGUUUUCUCUCGGAACCGGAAAGUCUAUGCCGAGUUUUUUAGCAAAAUUCAAAUGCAAAACUUUGCAUUCAGAAAUGAGAAUAAGAAUCUAAGAAAAAUUUGAAUAUUAGCAAGUCCACCGUAUACUAUAAUAUGUGAAAAAUAAAAUUCUUAUAUAUUGUACCAAGAGCAGUCCUCAAUAUACAAAAUAAAAGUGAAUAGAAGGAAUUAAUAGAAAAGUUUAAAUUUUGUUAAACAAUUCGCACGGCAGUGCCAAUGCCUUUGUAAUUAAGUUUGAAUUAAAAUUGAAUGAAGAUAAAGUUUAAGGAAUAAAUACAAAUUUUUUUGGAUUUUCCGAACAAUCCAAUAUUUUGUGCUUUUACUAUUUUAUUUUACUAUUUGCCACAUGAAAUCGAUACAAACGCUGGCGCUUGAUUUCAUUGAGAAUAAAGUAUAAUGGUAAUACUGACAAUACGCUAAAGUGAGACAAGUAUAUUUUUUUCUCACUCUAAUUUAUUGUACUAGUUCAGCUAUAAAGAAUAGACUAAAUAUUUCUAACAAAACUAGUUCACAUUUACUUUAUUUUCUCCGUACUUGAAAAAAUAAAAAAUAUAUAGUUACAUAUUAAUAUCGUUAAUAUGAUCUAAAAGAGAAAUAUUACACGAGUCGUUCUUUGAAAUUUUUAUAUUUUCUCUGGCGUUAGUAGUUCAAUCCACAUCGAAGCUACAAGGCGACAAUGUUCUUCUCUUACAGUCCUGCGAGAAAAUUGCGUUAGUACGCUGCUAGGCUGUAAUUAUUAUUACGCGCUUCGCUGUCCUGACAAACAGUUCCCGCGAGCUGCGUCAGCAGGACUUUUUUCGUUACUUAGUUGCAGCGGUUUUUCGCGUGCAUUUUUCGCAUAGAUGACUUAUUAAUGAAUUUGCACGCUUUCAAAAUAGUGUUGCCGUAACGGUGUUGAUCAGUAGUAACGGUAUCAGAAUAUUUCUCAAUACAUUUAUUGUCCAUUAACGCAUUGAGCCACACUUGCACUUGCAAAUACACCCGCGCUGAUAGUAGUUAUGUCUAUUAAUGCAUUCUUCGCCGCGAGUAAUCUUAAUUAGCCGCCAGUGGAUUUAUGUACAGCAUCAGACGAAGGCAUUUCCGCGACAAUAAAUCGCGACGGAGAUGUUUCCGCGAAAAUCAAUCGCUACGCGUAAACACGCACUCGAGUGGCGAGCUAAUCGAGUGAUUAAUUCGCGCGGAUCGACAGUGUCGAUACACAGUAUAAAAUAUCUAAGCGAGUAUCUUUGCGAGAAAGUAUUCGCUGAUAUUAUCCUGACGUCUGAUUUAAUCGAUCACUCAAUAAAAAUCUGUUUUUUGAUGAAUGAUUAUUAACUUACUUAUUUAUAUUGUAAGAGAAACCGAUUUUUCCAGCGAGAUAUGAAACAGAAAUACAUGUCUAAGGAAAGCAUCGUUACAUUAUAAAACUUGAAAAUAUAAACAAAAUGGAAAAGUUGUUACGAUGUACGAGGACGAGUAUGUUUGAAUAUGUUCGAGUACACUGUUAAUGCGUCGAUGAUAGCAAUGACGCGCUUUUGCAUGGAAUAAGAAAACGGAAUAAAUAAAUAAUAUUAAUGUCAAACGCGCGGCAAGAACGACAACGCGAAAUGGCUGCUAUCGUGCGUACGAAAAUGAUAUUUAUCAUCAUACAUCGCAUCGGAAUCGCGGCAAACAAGUGUCAUCAUGACGUCAGUGAGGCUGACAAGUGCGUACGACAAAUCGGCCGACGUUUCGCUUUUAUCUAUGCCGAUUGUCGGUGCGCAUGUCUCCCUUGCGAUGCGAUACGACGUCACUGGCCGAUACAUUUUAACGAUUCGCCGAUCUACCAGCCUGCGGUAGUCGUCGAUCGAUACCGACUCGAAUACUUUGCGAUAUCAGGGAGCGAAGAACCGCUCAGCCGCGAUAUAUCGCGUCGUCUUUUUUCCUCUUAAGCGUGUAUUCAUAAAGUACGGCGUGUCAUGUUAAGGUGGCUUGUCGAGGGAGGUGAUGGAUUGUAAUCGACCGAUCGAUUGAUGGAUUAAUUUCUUGACCUCUUUUUCGUUGCACAGCAGCGUUUCGGAUUCCUUCGGCGUAAUUAAUGAGAAGGUCACGAUGCUGAGACCCGGAUCCAUAGUGGGCCUGCUGGUCCUCGUGGCCGCGCUGAGAAUCGCGGAUUCGAACCGCUGUCUAACAACAUUGGAAGAGGUUAAUCCAAAGAGGGUGAUCAAUCAUGAGGGCCAAUUCCUGAACAUACAAUUCGAAGUGUCGAGGAGAGUUACGCAGAGAUUGGCGUCAGAAAUCAUGAAGAUUUUCUUGACCGAAGUGCUGGGUUACACAGGGGUCGCCAUUGUCGAAAAGGAUGACGAAUUCAAUGCUGCCGCAGUUUUCGAGAGAUUGUCCGAUAUGCUGACAUAUACCGGACAUAGAGUAUUUCCAGAAACGAUGGUAAACAUGGAAGUGUGGAUUCCUCCACAAGAGGACACGAUACCGUUACUGAACAAAUACGAGGUGAAAGAAUGCGGCUUGGUAGCGCCGCCAGGACACUUUGGCUGGUUCGUCCCAGAAGCUUUAGCUAGACCUGACGAUAGCUGGCUGGUGUUCUCCAGGUUGGAAACCGCUAGCAGGUUCGCCAUUGACGAGAAUUACCUGCCUAUGGUCAAGAACUUCACAGUAGAUCCGAAAACCUGGAACUACUACUGUCGCGAAAGUUUUUGCCAGCACGGAAUGUACAUCCCGGAACAAUGUCAAGGGUCGCAGAGAGCGCCGAACUGCGCGCUACUGCUCGCUGAAUAUUCCGAUGUAACCCGCUUCGUGAAGGAACAUAUUGAUCAAAUGAAGCUCUAUGUUAAGGUGGCGUGGGUAGGCCCAAAUCUCAGAUACCUGAGCAAAUACUUGACCAGAGAGUACAUGCAACUCUCGCGGAAUUCAUCGACUUCCAUCGAGAAUAGGUCAUUAGUGAUCCUGCACUAUUCGCCCAGCAGCGUAAUUCCGAACGAAAGGGAAUUUACGACGAUUGAUUUUCCGCGUUGCGGAACGAAGAAGGGUUCGAUCGGUUGCACCUAUGAAUCGAACAGACUGACAAAGCUAGUGUGGGGCAGACUGGCCAUGAUCGCGAAGAUCGCCUACGAGGCGAUAAAUCGCGCCAAGUUUAGUCGAGAGAUGUAUGAAGAUCUAAUCGCACGACGCACGCGGGCGGGAAGUAACGUGUCAGAUGAGCAAGUUGCCUGCGAUUGGUUACGGGAUAACUUGAACUACACCUUGAUAGAAUGGAAGCCCAAUGACAACGACAAGAAUACUCUCUUCGUGGGUGGAAUAUUUCCCAUGAGCGGUAACUCUUACAUGGCCAAGUCGAUCGUAAUCGCAGCUAAGAUGGCAAAAGAUGCUAUCAACGUUAACAACACCUUAUUGAGGGAUUACAACCUAACCUUGUUGGCCAGCGAUGGCCAAUGCAAAUCAGACAUGGUGAUGAAGUCAUUCAUUGACUACAUCAUUCAUAAUUAUUAUCAGAAGUUGGUUGGCGUGUUAGGACCGGCUUGCUCGGAAACUGUGGAGCCGUUGGUCGGAGUAUCGAAACAUUACAAAACAGUCGUCAUUAGCUAUAGCGCCGAGGGAUCCAGCUUUGACGAUCGCAACAAAUAUCCAUAUUUCUUCAGAACUAUUGGAGAGAACAAACAAUACAAGCACGUAUAUCUGCAGCUGUUACAAGCUUUAGGUUGGCAUCGGGUAGCUUCGCUAACGGAAGAUGGACAGAAAUAUACCGAGUAUAUUUCAUACAUGCAGGAUACGCUUAGGGACAACGGCAUUACCUUUGUGGCGAACGCCAAAUUUCCACGGGAGCGAGAAGUCGACAUGAUGACCAAAUAUUUACAAGACUUGAAAGAGAAGCGAGCAAGAAUCAUUAUCGCAGACGUGUACGGUGAGGUAGCUCGUCAGGUCAUGUGCGAAGCAUACAAAUUAGAAAUGACUGCUGUUCAGGGCUACGUCUGGUUUCUUCCGCUUUGGCUCCGGCAACAAUGGUACAACACCGAUUACUACAAUCAAUUGGGUGAAAUGGUACCCUGUACGACCAGCGAAAUGAUGAAGGCUAUAAAUGGACACCUCGGUCUGUCGCAUGCGUAUUUCGCUCGAGACGAUGACAUGAUGCAAGAGGGUAUUACCGUACGCAAAUGGCGCGAACGUUAUGAAAAUGCCUGCCGUGCACAGCAUCAACAGCCUUCCAAUUACGCCGGUUACGCUUAUGAUGCUAUGUGGACCUAUGCCUACGCUAUGGAUCGACUCAUUCAUGAAAAUCAGAGCUACGUUUUCGAUCUUCACAGCGAUCACACGGUUAAUCGUCUCACGCAAUUUAUCAGCGAAACUGAUUUUGAGGGGGUAUCUGGAAGAAUAAAAUUUUUAGGUGGACCAUCGAGGUAUUCUAUUAUUAAUAUCGUACAGUUUAUCGAUAACGAAACGCGUGUUGUCGGCAACUUUUAUCCAAACAUCUCGGAAGCAAAGCUUGGAAGUGGCACUUUGGAAUUGAACACUUCGGCUUUAGUUUGGUUAUCGGAGACGAUGCCUGAUGAUGGUUCAGAACCUCCAUUGAGAUGCGUUCUGGCAGGAUUAGCAGAACUACUGGAUGUUACUUGCGAAGUAGCGAUCGUAAUCGCUAAUAUUAUUGGUUUCGGCCUACUCGGAACAUUUCUGAUUGUUGGUUUUGUCAUCAUUAAACGAAAAUAUGACGAGAAGGUGAAAAACAUGCGACUCCAGGAAGAGUACAUGAAAUCUCUGGGUAUUAAUAUCUCAAAAAGCGAAACUUCUAGCUUGGACCAAUGGGAAAUUCCUCGAGAUAGGGUAGUGAUCAAUCGAAAAAUCGGAGAGGGAGCCUUCGGCACUGUUUACGGUGGUGAAGCCUUGAUAUCUAAUAAGGGUUGGUUAGCCGUUGCUGUGAAGACUCUAAAGGUCGGCAGUUCAACCGAUGAAAAGCUCGAUUUUCUGAGUGAAGUCGAAGUUAUGAAGAGAUUUCAGCACAAGAACAUCAUCGAGCUGUUGGGUGUAUGCAUCAAGUGCGAACCCGUUUUAACUAUAAUGGAGUUCAUGCUUUAUGGCGACUUAAAGACCUAUCUAUUGGCCAGAAGACAUUUGGUCAACGACCGAAGUUAUGAAGAUUCUGAUGAGAUCUCGAAUAAAAAAUUAACUAACAUGGCAAUAGACGUCGCCAGAGCGCUCAGCUAUUUAGCCCAACUAAAAUAUGUUCAUAGAGAUAUCGCCUCUCGCAAUUGUUUAGUGAAUGCUCAACGGGUAGUGAAACUCGGUGACUUCGGUAUGACGAGAGCGAUGUACGAAAAUGAUUAUUACAAAUUCAAUCGAAAGGGUAUGUUGCCAGUAAGAUGGAUGUCGCCGGAAUCACUCGCGUUGGGUAUUUUCACGCCAGCGUCCGAUGUUUGGUCUUUCGGCGUAUUGCUCUAUGAGAUUGUUACCUUCGGCAGCUUUCCAUUUCAAGGGAUGAGCAAUAAUGAAGUACUCUCACAUGUGAAAGCUGGCAAUUGUCUUACCGUACCGAAGAAAGUGAAACCGCAACUUGAGAGUUUAAUGUAUUCUUGUUGGAACGUGGACCACACGACGAGACCAACGGCACCCGAGAUCGUCGAUUACCUAGCAAUGAAUCCUCGAAUCGUUUCGCCCUGUCUGGACGUACCCUUGUCGAGCGUGCAGUUGGAACAUACUGGGGAAUUCGAUAUAGAUUUGUCGAAGACUAAUCGGAAAUUCUCCAUUUCGUGGCCGUCGCAGCGCCCUUCGCAAAGUUACGAAUCACAGUCUUUGAACUCACCGACACCACUUCUGCUGGAUUUGAACAGCCAGGACGAUAAUCAGAACGACAAUCACAAUUUAGAGUCUCUCCUGAUCGGACAGUCCAGUGAGCAGGACAGUUCCAGUCCUCUGCUGGAUUCCAAGAGAACCUCGAUCUUGAGGAAAACCUGGCUGCAAGGAAAUUCUAACGAUAGUGAUAAUCAGAUUCACAGGUACGUUAAUCUUCAGCCGGGUAUGUUGAAACUGGCUUGCGAACAUAGAAACGGUAACGCUGGGAAUAUCCAGAUGGAAGAGAGAACAUCCAUGCUGCCAGAGAAGAAAAGCACCGAUAAUGUAUCAGUGCUUUGA